GAGGGAGCAGAAAGAAGGUUGAACAUCAUCGGAAUUCUGACAGCUGGAGGAGCUGUGUCGGAGGAGGAAGCUGUUUCGAUGGCGCAGAGAAUGAAAGAAGAGAGUCAGAGGAAAGUGUUGCAGAUGGUUUGUCUGAGUAAGGGAAACAUGGUUCCUAGAAGAUGUCGAGAAUUCAUUUGGGGGAUCUGUAAGAUUGCUAAUUGGGUCUACGCCGAAGAUGGUGGCGACCAAUUCUCGUCGCCGGAGAAUAUUGUCGAGGAUAUUAAUGCAUUGCUUUUGAAGCCACUCGACUCCAGAGGAUUGUUGAAAGUUGAACUCGAUGAUGGUGAAAUUCUGGAGCUUUCUACUGUCUGAAAUUUUAAGAACUACAUACAUUAUAGACAGAACCUUAGUACUUAUAAAUGAUGCAUUUAUUAUAUUCGAUUGAACGAUAUAUUUGGUUUAAAAACAUGACUUUGGAGGCUGCUUCUUAAGAUUUCUGCUCAAUUUGAAGGUUUCUUCUCAAGAAGAUUCAUAAGGAAA